GACACUUAUUCCGCUGUUGCUCAAACUCAGGCUCAGAUAACGUUAGAAGAGGACCAAACUGAGUAAUCCACCAUGAACUACACGUUUCUUACAACAGCCAUACUUGUAUUCCUCUCCUCAGCAAGUCUUUGCUAUGGAGCCGGAGUGCUCCCCGUCGAUCUACUUAGUGGAGUAAAAGGAGAGAGUGUGACCUUCACAACAACCGUGAAACCAACAGCGCAACCAUUUCUGGCAUUGACCUGGAGCUUCAAUGGUACCACCAAUAUAAUAACAUCAACCAGUGCAGAUGUAGUGGGAGCAGGCUAUGAGAACAGGAUCACCCUGGAUAAAUCUACUGGAUCUCUGGUGCUUAGAAACCUGACUGAAAAAGACAGCGGAGAAUACGAGUUAAUCAUCAUCCCGUAUGGAGCCGGACAGAUUCAAGGAACUGCUAAGUUGGAGGUGCUGACCAAAGUGUCAAAACCCACCAUGGCCUGCCCGACAGAGAACGUAGUAGAAGGUAUAACCUCCCUGAACCUAACCUGCAAUUCUGACAGCUUCACGUCUAGAGUGUGGAUGAAGGAUGGCCAACCUCUGGUUGCUGGAGGAAGACUCAGCUUUCACGAUGGGAACAGAGUGUUGUCCAUCAGCCCCGUGAACAGGAUAGACACCGGAGAGUUUCUGUGUAAUGUCAGCAAUGACAUCAGCUUCGAUACCGCCAGAUGCAGACUUCUAGUCUAUUAUGGACCUGACAGACCAGUAAUUGUUCAGACGCCAAUAGGAGCAGAACUUGAAGAGCCCGUCUUUCUUAGCUGCUCUGCUGACUCCCUACCAAAGGCAACUUUCUUCUGGAAGUUCAAACACAUUAUGAUGUACGGGCCCAUACACUACAUCCAUGAGUUAGAACCAAGUCACCUGGGGAGGUACACCUGUACCGCCCGUAACCCUACCACUGGCCAGGAAGCCUCUGUGUUCCACAACCUGCGUGACUCCUCUACUCCCAUCAGUGGUUCUAUGUCCAUGAUGGUUUGCACUGUCCUAACCGCGGUGGCACUCACAUUGGUCUAAAGACUGCUUUUUGUCCAUGGAAAUUGUUUUUAAAUGUGUAUUAAUGUGUUUACUUUAAAUGAUUUUUCUGUGUUAAACAGUACUGCUGUGUCUCUUUAAAUUUUAUGUUCACAUAAAAUGAAGCUGUAAAUGAUAAACGAUAAACUGACAAACUAGAGUUUCUUCACAUUUGCUUUUGUCCAUGCAAUUUAUUUAUAAUGUUCUUCAGUCAUAUACAUCUUUGACAUUCAUUAUUGUGUUAAAUGACUUGCUGCUGUCUCAUUUCUCCUUUCAACUGUAUAUUAAGUCAUCUAAAAGUAUCAUUAAUAUUGCUGUAAUAGCACCUCUCACUUAAGAGAGCAAAGUACAAUCUGUCCCCAUCGCAGCUGUGGUCUCAUGACUGCUAUAAUAAAUCAAUCUUGACACUACUAACAUUUCAGGUGUUGUAUAACAGACCUACUUAAUAUAUUUUGUUCUUGUGUCAUGCAGCCUUCAAACUAUGAUAAAGUGUUUAAUGCUGUAACACUGAUGCCUGAUAAAGCCCUACUAAACUCCCACUACAAUAAAGUUUUAUGAAAACUCGU